AUGAAGGGUAAAAAAGGGGAUACUGAGCAUGUUCAAGAAAUAGACAGUGUACUUACAGUUGGUGAAAUACGUCAAGUAGGCUCAAAGUGGGAAAUUUUUGUGAAUUUGAAUAAUCACAAAGUUAAGUUUUUGCUCGACACGGGAGCUAGUUGUUCCCUGAUUGGUCUGUCGGGCUAUGAAGAGAUAAACAAACCUCCGCUUAACGAAACCAGUCGCACACUUCGCUCAUAUGGUAAUACAACCGUUCCAGUUUUAGGCGAACUACAUGUAAAUGUCGAAUUUGGGGGUCACCAUAAACAAUUAACUUUAUUAGUUGCCGAUGUACCAUCCGGGCACAAUAUUUUCGGAUUGGAUUGGUUCAGUGCAUUUGGUCUGGAGAUAAAAUCUCCAAGUGAGAAUAUUGUUUUGAAUUUAAACUCAGACAAGGACCACGAAAUACAAAACCUUUUUUCAAAGCAUGUUAAGGUAGCAUCUAAGACCUUAGGGUUGUGUAAUUCUAUGAAAGCACAUUUGUAUCUAAAACCUAACACUAAACCCAAGUUUCACAAAGCGAGACCUAUUCCAUUUGCUUUAAUGGAUGCAUUCAAGGGAGAAGCUAAGCGUUUAGAAGAAGCUGGAGUUUGGAAACCGGUCAGAUUUAGUGAAUGGGCCGCGCCUAUUGUCGUUGUUUCUAAACGUAAUAAGGGCCUCCGCAUAUGCGGUGACUUCAAGGUUACCAUUAAUCCUCACUUAGAAGUAGAUCAGUAUCCAAUUCCAAGACCAGAGGAUCUUUUUAAUAAACUUGCGGGUGGACAGCGAUUUUCGAAAAUAGAUCUUGCAGACGCUUAUCUGCAAAUAGAGUUAGAUGAGGAUUCAAAAUCUCUGACUGUCGUAAAUACACCACUUGGGCUCUACAUGUACCAGAGACUUCCCUUUGGAGUGUCAAGUGCUCCAGCUAUUUACCAAAAGACGCUAGAACAGGUAUUGUCAGGGUUGAAUUGUGCUAUAUAUCUGGAUGACAUAUAUUAG